ACAAUAAAAAGGAGACACCGAACGAUGAAUAUGAUGACGACCCAUCAUUAACAAGAAUCAAAACCUUAUUACUCUAUGUUCUGUAACCACUGAAGGAGAGUGUCUGAGACUGUGUAGCCACCACACCAUGCCCACCUUUGUCCGCAACACCUCCCUCUCACGCAGCCGCAGGGAACAGAUUUCCAAGUCUAACAGCUACAGACGCAGGAGAGCCAAGGAAAGGAAAGUCUUUCUCACUACCUAUAAACUUCAUUCUUUCACACAGUCCACAUCGCCUAAGCCAAACAAAGUCCCUGCUCUCAACCUCAAGAAAGUUGUUGCCUCUGUCUUUAAGCUUGUGCAAACCACCGCAGCUUCUUUCACAUCCAAGUCCUCUCUCUCCACCCACUUCUGAACUCUCUUCUUCCCCACUUUUCAACCACUUUCUUUUUUAGACUGCUCUCUCUCUCUCGUUCAUAAUGGAAAAUGACUACAUUCUUCCGUUUAUUCUGUAUAUAUUAUCAAAUAUAUGAUGCUUUAUGUUUUCUAUUUUCACCAUAUGAAUUGUGUAAGCUAACUUUAAUAAAUCACCCAUCUUUCAACUUUCAAGAACUUCCUCAUGUUCUCUAAUUUCUUGGACCCUUUCCCUGAAUUAUCAUAUAGAAAGUUCAACAACCAUCAUGUAUAAAGUUGUCAAAUAAUUGUAUCUAUUAAGCGUGUGGUUAUAAAUUUACUCAUGAGUUGCAUGUGUAGUAGAUAUCAGUUGGAAGAAAUCAGUCUCUUAAGAUCAGCAAAACUAAUGAAAGUUCAACAAAUAAAUAUAUUGAAUGAAAUGUGCAAAUUUUAGUCCACACCCCAGCUAAUCAUAAUUUAAGAUCAGCAACCUUUAAUUAACAAGUGCCUAAAUUUAGGAUGGCAAAAAGAAGAAAAGAAAAGAAAAAUGAAGAAACCAGUUUGAGCCUCACAAAACCUGGUUAGAGAACCGUGUCCAUACAUACGUAACAAAAUCCUUAACCAAUGGAAGGUUCCCUAAUCGAACAAGCAGAAAAUUGCACCUCCUGUCAUGUUCAAGACAAGGAAAUGAGAAAGAAAAAAAUGUUCUUUACUCUUAACGUUGAAUGCACUGUGCCACAUUCUCAAAGGGUUAAUUAAUCAACAAUCACCGUCAUUAUUUAUCAUGACACCUGAAACUUAUGUCCUUAAGAACCAAUCUCCUUUUUAUGGCCACAAACCUGCUCGCCGUUCCCAUCGUAGCUCUGGUGGAUGCGGGUGUCUAAGUCUAUGUUGCUGCUGUUUUGGUUGGUGUCGUUGUUGCCUUUGCAUAAUCCUCUUCAUAAUUAUACUCUUGGUGGCCCUUGCUUUGUGCUUUUAUUACCUUCUUAAGCCUAACAUUCCCUCCUAUGACUUUGAAAGCAUUGACGUUGUCGCUUUUGAAUUGCGAAAGGAAAACAAGGUGUACACUGAUGUUGUGGUUAUUGUGAAAGCAGAUAAUCCAAAUAAGAACAUUUGGUUGGACUACUUAGAGAAUAACAUUGGGGUGAUAUAUUCAGGGUCAAAACUUUGCUCGGGACAGAUACCACCCUUCUUGCAACCAGGGAAUAACAUAACAACGGUUAAGGCAGAGUUGAAGGGGGAAAGCCAAUUAAGUUCUGAAAUUGAAUCCCAGUUUAUGGAAGACCAGAAGGAAGAGAAAAUUCCUUUGUUAGUAGUAGUGAGGCUUCCCAUAAGACUUGUUAUCAACGAUUUUAUACAUCUCAGGAAAUUUGUGGUUCAUGUAAAUUGUUCGCUGGUUAUUGAUAAGGUGCAACCCAAUAAAAGACCUAAUAUUUUGAAGAAGGAUUUCACCUAUGGAAUAAAGUUCUAAAUGGUUGGUUUGUCGGUUAUUUCAUGAAUCUUUGUAUAUAUUGGUGGCUGUUAAGAAGUGGAAGGCAAAGGAAAUUGGGGUUGACAUGGCUUACAUUUUGUUUUAUCUGUCAGAAUCAAACUCGGUAACAAAUAACUCAGACACCUUACUCAUCCUACUAAAAUCGGUGCCAAGGGACUUAUUUGCUUUGAUCAUGGUGAUUGGAGUUUGGUUUAGAGUUUUUGUUAUGUUUUCUUGGAAGUCAUAAUACAGGGGAAGUACAUUUAUCACACAAAUAGAUGUGUUUGAUCAAGUUUUUCUUUGGAUCAAGUUUUUCUUUGGAUUAAAUAGGGAGGGUUGAUGGUGAGAAUUUUGUAGAGACUUUUAAAGCAUGAGUUAUCUCAGACAGAAGAUAGUCAGAGAGGAGAAAAAAUUGCUUUCUGUGUAGAAUUUAGUUUAGCUCAACUGUACAUGAAAAUUAUC